AUGGCUCCGAGCACGAUCGAAGAACAGGCCCGGAGGCUUCUGAACGAGGUGCCUCUGAUCGACGGCCACAAUGACUUUCCGUACAUGAUACGCGGAUGGUUUCGCAAUGACAUCAAUGGCCAGAAUGCCCACCUGUAUGAUAUGCCAAUCGGCCAGACUGAUCUCCAGCGUCUACAGAAGGGGCAGUUGGGCGGCCAGUUCUGGAGCGCAUAUGUCCCUUGGCAAGUUUCUGUCCCCAAGAACCCAGAUCGAGAGGUUGGCAGUUUAGAAAGCCUCCGCCAGACGCUUGGACAGCUCGAUGUAAUCCACCGAUUGAUUGAGACACACCCGACAAUCCUGCAGUUCGCCGACUCAGCGGCCAGUAUCUGGAGCAGCUUUCGCGCCGGCCGCGUCGCGAGUCUGAUCGGGAUCGAAGGCCUCCACCAGAUCGCUGACAGCGUCAGCGCCCUGCGCAUGUUGUACCGACUGGGUGUUCGCUAUGUGACGCUGACGCACAACUGUCACAAUUCCUUUGCAGAUGCGGCGACGAUAUGUCCGGAGAUCCACGGAGGAUUAUCGUGCAAGGGAGAGCGACUGAUUCGAGAGUUGAACCGAAUGGGGAUGAUUAUUGACCUGUCCCACACGUCACACAAAGCCCAAACACAAGCGCUGCGGCUUUCACGAGCGCCUGUCAUCUACUCUCAUUCCUCCAUAUAUCGUCUCUGCGCACAUGUUCGCAACGUCACCGAUGAGAACCUGCAACUGCUGCAACGCAAUGGCGGCGUAAUCAUGAUCUGCUUCCUGCGCGAGCUGCUUGCAGCCGAAGCGGACCAGGCCGCGCUCAGCCACGCCAUCGACCAUAUCAUCUACGCCGGGACGCGGAUCGGAUACGAGCACGUCGGCAUCGGGUCCGACUUUGACGGGAUGCUCCGUGGUCCGGACGGGCUGCAUGAUGUCUCGUGCUAUCCUGCCUUGGUGGCCGGGUUGCUUCGGCGCGGUGUGGCCGAGGAGGAUGUCAAACGGGUGAUGGGGUUGAAUGUCAUUCGCGUGCUGGAAGAGGUGGAACGUGUUUCUGCAAAGCUUCAAGGGGCCGGAGAAGAAUGUCUGUGCGAUGAGUUGGACGAGGUGUGGAAUGAGGAUAUCAAGAGGCAGUUGACGCGAGAGCGAGAACGAGUGAGGAAGUUGUUGCCUCAAGAGUAG